AUGCGUUUUUCUGCGGUGUUAUGUGAUGAGACUUCUGUUGAAUCGUUCUCAAGUGAGUUUUUUAAAUAAAUAAUAGAAAACAUUAUUCACUGUUCUAGAAUUUAUUGGCGCCACUUCAAAAUUAGGACGAAAACGUUGCUGUAUCCGGAUUCAAAAUGAUGGUUUUUCUAAACUUUUUUUUUCUUUCAAAAGUUUUCUUUAAGGACUUUGUUUUAUGAGCUGCGAAAAACUGCAAGAUGGCGGUUGCUGGUUCUGCAUUUUCCUGCCCAGAACCGGUCAGAUGUUCAGACAAUAUGUAAGCAAAUAAUAUUAUUUUUGAAGAUGGAAAAUAAUUUCAGGACUUUUCCGGGUUCAAUGAUAGGGUAGAAGAGCAAAAUUUGAUUUAUCUGGAAGCUAACGUGGACAAUUUCGUGAAGGUCUUGAAGGGAAACCUGUGCUAUUUGAAACUGAAGCUGACGAGGACUCCGGCGCCGGUAAAAAUUAAAAAGUUUUCAUUGGUUCAAGGCCUAAAAAUACUGAAAAAAUCUCUUCGUUUUGAGACCUUUUUGUAAUUUUCCUAUGCUCCCUUGAACACUCUAGCAAGCAUUUUUGAACAGAAUUAUUCAUUAAAUAAACAAAAUUACUAUAUUUUUAGGACCAAGACCCAAUUAUUCGUAUAGAGGUCCGAUCUGUGGAUUCUGACAUAAUCCGUCACGAAGUUCCGAUCAAGAUAAUCAUGUCCAGACAUUGGAGCCAGUACGAAAAGCCUUCCUUGGGAAGAAGAAAGGUUAAGAAAAAUAGGAAAACUCGAAAAUAACAAUUUUAGAUGAGCAUCUACCUUCCCCCGCCGAAAUCUCUAUACAAAGUCCUUCAAACUUAUAAAAACUUGAAUGCUACUGUCAUUGUGAGCAAAACCUGGAAAAUUUGAUAGUUGAAGAAAUUAAAGGCUUUUAAUGCGAGCAGCGGAGGCGACUUAAGAUUGGAAGGAACUAUGGAUCAAGGCGAAAUCGACGUGCUUUUCAAUGAUUUGUCGAAUGACGCUGCAGGUUUCUAUCAGAAAUUGUGGAAUUUUGUUCAAAAAAAUCCGGAAAAUUUUCGUAAAACGUUUUUUCGAAUAUUUUUAAACCCCUGCUUACAUUUGAAAAAAAUAAAUUUCGUGUUUAAUGGAAAAAUUUUCAACAAAAUUAUCUCAGUUUUUUAUGCCGUGUUCAAUUUGAUUCCGCGAAAUGCAAAAGGAUCUCUGACUCUCCUAAAUUUAGUGAUCUCUUUCUUUCUCUAACGGGUUUUUUGUAUUUCGCGGAAUCAAAUUGAACACGGCAUUAAUACUUCUUUAGGUUUUCCGACUUUUUAAAAUUUUCCUAUUUUCAGUUUUUAUCAAGACUUUUGCGCUUUCGGCAAGGAAUUUUGUACAACUAUCAGAUUUUUAUCAAAUUCCUCUCUUUCGCCACCGUUUUUCCUACUGAUAACGGAAAUUUUAUUUGCAGAAACCGAUUCGCAAGAAGAUUGGGCGAGGGUGAAAUUGAUGCUCAAAACCGUUUUUCCACUCUUUCAAAGCUUCUUUUUCUGCAAUUCUCGCGUCAAAUUGAGUUAGUAGUUUGAAAAUGAACAGGUUUUUGAUAAAAGGAAGUUUUAGACAUAAUUUCGAACCAAAUGGCCGAAUUCAGUAUGCGAAGCGACGACCAUCAAUUGUGUUUUAUCGUUGGGAACGUUACGGAAUGA